AUGCCAAUAUCGACAAGUGAUUUUUAUCGACAUUAUUUUUCAUCUAUAAAUUUAUUACCAACCGUUACACGAAAAAGUAAUCGUAUAUCAAGUUUUUUUAUUGAUGAUAUACUUGGAGAUUCGUUAAAACCACAUCAAGAAGAUUUACAUUUAUUAAAGAUACAAAAGAAAAAAAAGAAAAAAGCUCGAACAACAUUUACAAGUAAACAAAUAUUUGAGCUGGAAAAAAAAUUUGAAGAUAAAAAAUAUCUAUCAUCAACUGAACGUGCUGAAAUGGCAUCAUUACUUACAGUGACGGAAACACAAGUUAAAAUUUGGUUUCAAAAUCGUCGUACAAAAUGGAAAAAAACCGAAAAUGUAUCAAAUACAGAAGCAGCUAAAUAUAAAUUAGGUAUAAGAAAAAUGUCAUCGUCAUCAUCGGAUGAUAAUCAAACAAAAGUUUUUCAAGCAUCAAUAGAUGACAAUGCAAGCAGCAUGUCUAGUUCAAUGGAUUCUCGUCAGUCCGAUGAACCAAUGUAUGCGCCAUCAAAAUUAUCAUCACUGCCGUUAAUUUAUUGUAAUAAUUUUACGCAUUUAUUAAAACCAUCAUCAUCAUCAACAUUGAAUAGUCCUUCUUGUUCGGUUUCACCAUCAAGUUCACUAAAUUAUGAAACCAACAUUCAUUGUUCAUCGUCAUAUUCUACAUCAAUUAAUAAUAAUAAUCAUAUGGGUAAUUUUAAUGGAAAUGAAAAUAUACAAAUGAUUCAAAGCAGUGAACGCCGGUGA